AGAGUAGUAACAGUAAACAAAUAAACCAUCGUACAUAUAUAUUUUGUUUUUAUGUAUUAUAUAUGCCAUUUAUUAUAAAUACCUAUAUAAAUUUGUGUUCGAAGGCAGAGUAAAGGGUUUUUUGUUUCUAAUUUUUCAGUUAUUGAUUUUUGUUUGGUGAAACUGAAAAUAAAAUCCAAGAAAAGAUUUUUCGCUUAACUGAAUUGUCACUUUCCCGGGAAUGUUUAAUUAACCUGGGGCUCCUCGUUUUCUUCCUUAUCCAACCCUUAUUUCAUGAUCCCAUUUCGGUUCAUAAAACUGGUUCGAAAGAUUUCUCAUCGUCUGGGGUUUUUGGGUUGAUUUUGGGAUUUUUUUUCUGGGUUUUCUUUGUGUCGUAGGGAAUGGAAUUUCUGAGAUCUGAAAAAAAACGAAAAAGUAAGAUUUUUUAGAGGUUAGUGGUUUUGGGGUUGAGAUUUGAUCUGGUGUUGACGACCCAAUAUAUACAUAUAUAUUUUAUAUUUCUUGGGUGGGUAGAUAGCUGCUAUAUUAGGCUUUUAGGGAUGAAGACUGAGUUGGGUUUUGGUGGUAGUGGAGUUUGGAACGAUGAAGACAAGACCAUGGUUCAGGCGGUUUUGGGUACUCGAGCUUUCGAUUACUUGAUAACAAGUUCUGUAACGAACGAGAAUCUGUUAAUGGCUGUUGGGAGCGAUGAGAAUUUGCAGAACAAGCUCUCGGAUCUCGUGGAACGUCCAAACGCGUCGAAUUUCAGCUGGAACUACGCGAUUUUCUGGCAAAUAUCGCGGUCGAAAUCUGGAGAUUGGGUCUUGGGUUGGGGGGACGGGUCCUGUAGAGAACCCAGAGAAGGAGAAGAAUCUGAAGCCACGAGUAUCUUCAACCUUCGACUCGAGGACGAGACUCAGCAGAGAAUGAGGAAGAGGGUUCUUCAGAAGCUCCACAAUUUGUUUGGUGGCUCCGACGAGGACAACUACGCUCUUGGGCUUGACCGAGUUACCGAUACCGAGAUUUUCUUUCUUGCGUCCAUGUACUUCUCAUUCCCUCGUGGGGAAGGUGGCCCUGGUAAGUGUUACGCUUCUGGGAAGCAUUUAUGGCUCCUGGACGCUUUGAAAUCUUCCUCUGAUUACUGUGUUCGGUCUUUUCUUGCUAAAUCUGCUGGAAUUCAGACCAUUGUUUUAGUCCCGACUGAGGUUGGGGUGGUUGAAUUGGGUUCAGUGAGAUCUGUGGGUGAAAGCUUAGAGCUUUUGCAGUCUGUUAGGUCGUUGUUUUCAACACAAUCCUCGCUCAUAAGGGUUAGUAAGCCCAUGGCCAUGUUGCCCAUGAUGGCUGAGAAGAGAGAUGAAAAUGUUAAUUUGACUAAUUCUGGGAUUUUGGAGAGGAACGAAAGUGUAGGUGUACACAAGAUUUUUGGGCAGGAUUUAAAUGCCGGGGCAGUUGCUCGACCUCAUUACAGGGAAAAACUCGCUAUUAGAAAGUUGGAAGAGAGGCCCUGGGAUUUGUAUCCUAACGGGAACGGGAGUCGGAUUGCUUUUUCUAGUCCCCGGAAUGGGAUUCCUGGUUCAACUUGGCCACAUAGUCUUCAGGGUGUGAAACAACAAGGGAACCCGACUGAAAUUUAUGCUUCUCAGAGCCCCGGGAGUAAUAAUAUUCAGGAGAUUGUUAAUGGGGUGAGGGAAGAUUUUCGGUUGAACAAUUACCAGCCGCAGAAGCAGGUCCAAAUGCAAAUUGACUUCUCGGGGGCCACUUCAAGGUCUACAGUGAUUAAUCAUCGUCCAACUAGUGCUGAAUCUGAGCAUUCGGAUGUUGAAGCUUCAUGCAAGGAAGAACGACCGAGCACUGCUGAUGAAAGGAGGCCGAGGAAACGUGGGAGGAAGCCUGCGAAUGGGCGAGAAGAGCCCCUCAAUCAUGUUGAGGCAGAGAGGCAGCGGCGUGAGAAGCUGAACCAGCGGUUUUAUGCUUUAAGAGCAGUUGUGCCUAACAUAUCUAAGAUGGACAAAGCCUCCUUGUUGGGAGAUGCCAUAGCUUAUAUUAAUGAGCUUCAGGCAAAGCUUAAGGCCAUGGAAGCGGAGAGGGAGAAAGUUGGGAGCAGUUCAACAGCAGCAGCUAUGGAAACUAAUAACCCAGAUAUGGAGAUUCAGAGUAGAGUUCCUGAUGUUGAUGUUAAGGUUGUUAAUGAUGAGGUUAUAGUUAGAGUAAGCUGCCAUUUGGAUUCUCAUCCUGCAUCAAGAGUUAUCCAAGCGUUCAAAGAGGCACAAAUCACUGUUGUUGAUUCCAAAUUCACCACUGUGAAUGACACUGUGUUUCAUGACUUUGUAAUCAAGUCUCAAGGGUCUGAGCAGCUAACCAAGGAAAAGUUGGUUGCCGCAUUUUCCAUCGAAGCGAACUCCUUACGGACGUUGUCAUCAGUUGGGUAGUAGAACAAGACUUGUUACUAAAGUAGUGCAUAGGGAUUAUAUUGAAGAGUUUGUUUAAAAGGAGAUUCUUCAAGAGUUUUUGAUAUACAGCAGCAACAGCAACAGAAGAUCCUUUAAGGAACAGCAGUGUCAGCUAGAAGUAGAAAAAUAACUAUCUGUUGACCAAGUAGUGCAGCCAAUUUUAUGUGAUUUGUUAAUACUUUUAUAGCAUACAUAUUUUGUCAUAAGUAUUCUUGCAAGGUGGAUGGAUUAAGUUUGUAAGUUUAACCUACACUUCCAUCGAUGGUAUGAAGAUGAAGCUGAUAAAUUUGUUUUUUUUUAUUUUCCUUUGUUCUUUCCCCAAGUGUUAGUUUUACUAACCUUUUGUUCUUUGUCUCUAGUUCCUUGCAUCAUUACCUUUUUUCUUUUAAUUGUUACUACUAUUGCUAUAGUAUAUUCUUUACGUUGGAUAUCAACUUCACAGCAAUUCCUUUGUUGAUUGUAUUAUUAGCUGAGAAAACUAUAAACAAGUUCAUUUAUGGAGAAAGAUGUCUAUUCUGUUC